UAAUAAUAAAAUACAUCAAUGAUUGCAGCUAAAAGCCCAUUCUGAGAAUACUCUGAUGAACUAAAAUUCGACAGGAAGACAAGAUGGACAAACUCUGUUGUUAGAGAUCACUAUGAGACAUCUAAGAUUGCUGAGGACACCCUCAGAGAGUCGAGGAAGGCCAGGAUCAUCAUGGAAAAUAGCCUUGAGCGGACCAGAGAUACCCUGAAAAUCUGGAGCAAUUUUGAGGAUAGCUACAAUGACUCGAUAAUUAACCUUAAGGAAAGAAUCAAGACUAAUGAAGAGGAAGAGAUGAGGAAAGAAGAAAAGAGAUUAAGACUUGAAACUAGGCGCAACCAUCUUUCUAGACCGACUAAGCUCUGACUCCUUCGUAAGAAUGUGAAAAUCGAAUCUAAAUGUCUGAAAAGUCUCAGAUUUAGAUAA